AUGGAGAAGACCGCGACGACCAGCGAUGACGAUUCUACCGGUAGUGCUCUUCCAUAUGCACACAGUCGUCUCGGAAAACUACCGACAGAACUCCUCCAGUCCAUUGUCCACCAUAGCUCGCACUGCAACCUGCCAAGUAUCGCAUGCAUAAGCUCCGAGCUACGCACCCUUGUCGAACGACAGCUUUAUCGCGAAGUAACCUUAGGAUGGGAAAGUGAAAUAAAGCCGGAGCCACGCGAUCUAUGGCCAUUCUACCGGACAGUUCAGUCACGGCCUGAUCUAGCGGGAAUGGUUGAAAGCCUUAACAUUGAAGUUGUUGAUCGCACGCUUCGUGUUGACGUCCCUUCGUCUGGUGUCAUCCCGCAGGGCGCACUGUUCCCUCCUACCAUACGAGCAGAGCUAGAUGAGCUACAUAUUGCGAGUGCUCUUCUUGUCCACCAUACGACUGAGCUCAAAUACCUCGAUGUAUCUAUUUUACACGACCACAAUCUCAAAUACGAUGAUGGAAGGUUCAUGCUCGUUUCCGAGUGCCUCGACAAACUAUUCCCUGGGUUCGAUAAUCUCACAGCGGAUCUCGCGCCACUACCUGGUCUUCAAAAGCUACGAGGCCUCAAAUUUCAAGGCACUGAGUUCCACUGGAUAUUCGCCAGGUCCUUAUACCUGGAGCAGAUUCAUCUCACUCGUGCGAGCCACAUUUUGGCCGAUGGAGCUGCGUCUGAGGUCAACACUGCGCUUAAAACUCUCGAAUUACCAGUUCACUCGGCUGUUCUAAAUCCCGCUUGCAUACACUAUGAUGCCCUGUCGCCCUUUCUCGCACACUUUCCUCGCUUGCGAACCCUACGUAUGCCCUUCAACGACGCCGACUGUGGAUCAGCAGGUCCCCGCAUGAAUUUCCUUCUGAACAUCAGCACCCAGGGUAGCUACACUGUCUUGCUGCAGAAGCUCCAGCCAGUGGCAGGUGUGUUGACCAGACUGGAACUGGACGCAUUCAAUCACUGCAGUGAGGAGGACACCUACUUUCUGGAUCACGUACUACCCGGAGAUGGCUUCCUUAACUUCAAGGCACUCAAGCAUCUUUUGGUACCUUAUCAAUGCCUCUUCGGACGAGGCGAGCCGCAAUGGGCGCAUAUCCAGCAACCGGCGGACGAGAUGCUGCCCCCAACUCUUCAGACCUUGAAGGUGCAUUUUCCAGAGCUUGCAUUCCUUGACUGGCUCACUACCUUGUCUUACUAUCGCAAACAGCUUCCUGUGCUGGAGCGUGUUGGUAUCGCGUGUUCAAGCUGGGUUGGAGGCUCAUAUGUUGACUUUGCGUUUACUUCGUAUCCGCACCCCGCGCUGGGCAUCCUUUCCUCGAUGGGUAUCGAGUGGAGUAUUGAUGUUCCACGGUGUUGCUGGAGGCCGGCAUGGGAAGACUAUGAUCUCCGGACUUGGGAUGCAGUUGCGUGGAUGGAUAAUACUUUCGGUCCUUCGUAUCGUGGUGAGCUUUGGAUACGACGAUCAUGGUGUGGAUCUGGCUAA